UCUGUGUAUUUGAUUUAUUAAUGUUUAGGCUUCCUGUUGGGCACAUAGUGCCAACCAUAGAACUUCUCUUCAAAAUUUAUAUUCUCAUCUCUCCAAGUUCAGUUCGCAACUCCAGGAGUUCGUCUAAACAGUGAACAUAUAUCCAAGUUCAGUUCUAGUUGAGGAUUCGCCUAAACAUAUUUGCAAGUACAGUCUCAACUCCAAGAGUUCUCCUGAAAAUAUUAAUAAGUCCAGUUCUUAACUCCAGAAAGUCGUCUGAACAUAUCUCCAAAUUCAGUUCUCAACUCCAGGAAUUCCUCUGAACAUAUUAGCAAGUUCAAUCUCAACUCUAGGAGUUCGACUGAACAUAUCUCCAAGUUCAGUUCUCAACUCCUGGAGUUGUCCUCUGAACAUAUUAGCAAGUUCAAUCUCAACUCUAGGAGUUCGUCUGAGCAUAUUCGACUGAACAUAUCUCCAAGUUCAGUUCUCAACUCCAGGAGUUGUCCGCUGAACACUCAUCAAGUUCAGUUCUCUACUCCAAGAGUUCGUCUGAACAUAGAUCUUCAAGAUCAGUGUAAACUCCAAGAGUUCCUCUUAACAUAUUAAUAAGUCCAGUAGUUCGUUUGAACAUUUUUAACAACAAAUAUUGCAUAAAUUUUAAUUUCACAGAUCUCAGGAAACGUUUAGUUCAAAUUAUGAAAAAGCCAAAUAUGCUUGUAACGUCAUGCUAAGGUUUUUAUUGAUGAUGUUCCUUUUCCCCACCAAACCUUCUUUUCUUCCUGGAGGAUUAGACAAAAAGGAAUGCGAGGAUUAUACAACCCAAAUAGAUUAUCAAAACCUAUUUGAGAAAACUUAAGAAUCAAGAACCUUGCCUUUAUUAUUAAGUUUCUAAUCUUACAAGUUUAAAAAUUACAUUUAAACUGAAAUACUUUGACCCAGCAAGACUGUGGCGUCGCGUAUUUUUAAAUUUAUACCGUUAAUUCUGUAGAUUUUGAGCUUUUUUAUCGUCUUUGUAAUGAUAGUACAAUUAAAUUUACAUUUCAGAGGUUAUGAAUGUUGCGCAUUUUCUGAUUUUUGAUUGAUUGAUUUCUGAAAAAUCAGCUGCUAACAGCUUAUUACCGCAGAAAAAGAGCUGAUUGCUCGUGAGAACAGCUGAUGAUCAUGGAGGACGGAGUCGCGUACAUGAUGAUGGGGGACGGAGAUGAUGGUACACCUACCCAGCUGGUUGCACUGCAAAGUGAAGAUGGGACACAGCAGCUUGCUGUCCCAGUUAUAGACCCACACACAGGACAGGAGACUUAUAUGAUCCUGGAUCAGAAUGCUUUGGAGGGAGAGGACGGACAACAGCUCCUGAUAGUUGGUGGAGAGGGAGAUGGAGUAGUUGAUGGAGAACAUGGUGUACACGACCAAUUCGGAGAGGAGGAGGGGUAUACUCUAGGAGCAGAUCAGGAUGGGGGAGUUCUUAUGAUACCUAGCUCACUGGCAAGUUCCAUGUCUGGACAGAACGUUGUUUAUGUAUCUGGAGAAGGUCUCCAUCAGGUUCCAGUUUCACAAUCCUUGCAGGGUAGUGGAGGGUUGGCAGUCCCCAUGAAGGAAGGAGGAAUGAUUCACAUGGUUGGAGUUAAAUCUGAUAAUUAUAGAUCUCAGAGUGUUGAGACCCCUAAAGUACCUGUAAACAGACAACCUCGAAAACAAAACCUAGCAGCAAACUCAGAUUAUUCGCAGGAUUAUAGACCUCCAAGUGGACUUACAGGAGACAUUAUCAAGGAUACAGUAUUGGUAGAUGAAUGUGUGGAAAUGCUAUGCAGAAGAAUGACACUUUCCAAUAAUCAGAAGGAAGAUCUACGGUUGAGUUUAAUGACCCAUGGACUCGAUUUUGCAGACACUUAUCUUAUGAAGGAACGUAAGCGAGGACAUGGUCGGGGUGGAGCCGCAAGAAAAGAAAAGUAUACUCAUAGAGGAAGAGGAAGGGGCAGACCAAAAAAAUCUUCAAAACCUAGAGUAAUUAGAUGCGAUCAAUGUCAACUUGAAUUUCCCGCAAAUACACUAGAAUCUACGCUCAUACAGCAUGUAGAGAGAUUUCACAUGGUGAAAACACCAGGUUCUCAUUCCUCCAUGAAUGAUCUAGACCCAGAUAUGCCGAGUGGACCUCCGUGCUAUAAAUGCAGUGACUGUAGUACAACCUUUCAACAAAUUAAACCCUUGUUGGAGCACCAGAAAAUAGUACACAGUAAAAACGUGGAUAAGAUACCUGAAUCUCCUGGUAAAGAAGGGGAAUCUCCUGGUAAGAAUGAAGUUGAAAAAAAUCCCUCCUCGCCUCCUCCCUCCAGCUGCUCCUCACCGAACAAACAGAAGGUUGAGGUGAUUAAGAAGCUGGCCGAUGAAUGGGAUGACGAGGAGGAUGGUGAUGAAUUGGGAGAGGAGACGUUAAGAGAGGAAAUACCGCGUGAAAUUCUGGACCAGAAAUCCGCCAAACUACCUGGACCAGAAUCCUCCAACUCCUCGGAACGGUUACCUACAAAAGCCUCUACAGCUCUGAAUGGAGCGAGGCCGGGCAGUGAGAUGAGUGAGACAAUUGAGGAUAUUACGAAGGAGGUUGAAGGAAUUCAGUCUGAGUUGCGGCAGGGAAAAGACGAGUUAAGGACGAAAGAGGAAUUGGAAAUGGACAAGAAAGACGAAAGGUUAGCGCCGGCCAAAGACGAAGAUGACGAAGACAAAAUUGUCGCAGACGUCGACGACAUUCUUAGUGACACUGAUCGACUCAUAAAGAACGAUUUACCCCGUCUUCUCUCCGGAAAACGGAAACCAACGGAACCCCUCCUUGAGUCUCCGCGGAAAAUCCCCCGAAAAUCGGAGUUAAAAUCCCCCAAAUCAGAUCUUCUGCGGACUCCGGAGACUAAGAUUCUAGAUCCCAUUGUUCAAGUAAAACCUUCAGUGCAGUGUGAGGAGUGUUAUGAGUGCUUUGAAGAUGAUGAAAAGCUUGCCUGGCAUAAUCUUAAUGAUCAUUAAUUUAAAAAGAUCAUUGUUAAAAAAACAUUAGACCUUCUCUUUCGUUUUGUGCAACGUAGGGUUUCAGUUGAUUGUGAAAAUAUUGAGUGGAGAAUUAAGAAUCGUCUCUUAAUAAAAAAAGUAUAUUUGGUGCCAUUGCGAGCAUGUUUUUUAGAAAAAGUUGCAUUUUCUAUAAAUUAUAUUUAAAUUACAUGACGUACAUAUUCAAAAACUUACUUAAAAUGUACCGCAGAACCUAUACGCCAAUGUAAAUACGAAAAAAUAUGGUUAUGUUUAUGUCUCUUAAUUAUAAUCCUUAUCACCUUAAAUAUGUUUUUGACUUUUGAAAGUCUGCAAAACUUCACCGUCGUAAAAGGUGUGCUUCAGAAUUUUAAUCAAUUGUAAAAGUCAACAAUCGAUCAGAAACCCAAUCUAAACUCAGAAGCACUCCUUUAAUAUGAAAAUACCUUUUCUUUUUCGUUUUGUUUUGCAUGUGAUGUAUACCAAGGUUGGUUAUUAAAGUUGGAUACUCUGGAUGCGCUCCAAGGUACUGGAAAUGUCGUCUUCAUAGCAACUUUUUGACGAAACUGCUUAUGUAGUUAGUGAGAGGGGGGGGUUUUCUCCGCUUUUCAGCUGUUAUAAGUUACGUCAUAUGAGGAUUUUGAGUGUCUAUUGCUAUGAAGACGUCAUUUCCCGUACAUUGGAGCGUAUCCAGAGUAUCCAAACUUUGGUGUAUACUGCACAUUAAAAAAGGAUCCAGAAAAGAGAAUUGCGCAUUUUCCAUGGCUCUUCCUAUAUACUCGCUCUUUUCAACCCACUCAUAGUAUUGUUUAGUUUGUCUUGGAAAAUAUUAAAAAUAGAAAAAUAAAAGUUUAUCUUGAGUCCUUAAA